AUGAGUCCCCCGUCGGCCAAGAGCAUGGAGGAGGGUCGCACCCCGUCCGUCCAGUACGGAUAUGGAGACCCCAAGACAUUGGAGGGAGAAAUAGAAGAGCACACAGCAACUAAGCGUGGUCUGUCAUCACGACAGCUGCAGCUGCUCGCCAUCGGAGGAUGUAUUGGCACUGGUCUCUUCGUCGGUACUUCGACAGUGCUGACCCAGACGGGUCCUGCUCCUUUGCUGAUGAGCUACAUUGUCAUGGCCUCUAUUGUCUGGUUUGUCAUGAACGUCCUGGGCGAGAUGACCACCUACCUGCCCAUUCGCGGUGUCUCAGUACCGUACUUGAUCGGCCGCUUCACCGAACCCAGCAUUGGGUUUGCUUCCGGCUAUAACUACUGGUAUUCAUUUGCUAUGCUGCUGGCCUCGGAAGUCACUGCCUCGGGGUUGAUCAUUGAAUACUGGAAUCCGCCCGUCAGUGUCGGUCUGUGGAUCGCCAUUGUCCUUGUUGAAUCCGAGUUCUGGUUCGCUGGUCUGAAAAUAUUGGCCAUCAUCGGUCUGAUUAUCCUGGGCGUUGUGCUGUUUUUCGGUGGAGGCCCAAAUCAUGACCGCUUAGGGUUCCGCUACUGGCAAGACCCCGGUGCAUUCAAUCCGUACCUGGUUCCCGGGGACACUGGCAAAUUCCUGGGGUUUUGGACUGCCCUGAUCAAGUCCGGUUUUUCGUUCAUUUUCUCGCCCGAAUUGAUCACCACAGCCGCUGGAGAGGUCGAGGCACCGCGUCGGAACAUCCCCAAAGCCACCAAGCGGUUCAUCUACCGUGUUUUCACCUUCUAUAUCCUGGGCAGUUUGGUUAUUGGAGUCACUGUGGCCUACAACGACCCUACCCUUGAGGCUGGAGUCGAAAGCGGCGGGUCAGGGGCCGGCGCGAGUCCAUUCGUCGUUGCCAUCCAAAACGCUGGUAUUGGAGGGCUCAACCAUGUCGUCAAUGCUGCCAUCCUGAUCUCUGCCUGGUCAUCCGGUAACGCAUGGUGUUACGCUGGAUCGAGAACGCUGUACUCGCUCGCCGGUGAGGGCCAGGCCCCAAAGAUCUUCACACGCACCAACCGCACCGGCGUUCCCUAUGUGGCUGUUCUUGCGACAUGGACAAUCGGACUGCUAUCCUUCCUUAAUCUGUCUAGCUCCGGACAGACGGUCUUCUACUGGUUCACCAAUAUUACUACCGUUGGCGGGUUCAUCAACUGGGUUCUGAUCGGAAUCGCCUAUCUGGUAUGCUUCCCUCCAUCUCUUCAUCUGAACACACCUGACCAAAAACAGCGCUUCCGCAAGGCCCUGCAAUUCCACGGCAUGCUGGACAUGCUACCAUUCAAGACCCCGCUGCAACCAUACGGUACCUACUACGUGAUGUUCAUCAUCUCGAUCCUGACCUUGACGAACGGGUACGCGGUGUUCUUCCCGGGCCGCUUCACUGCUUCGGACUUCUUGGUCUCGUACAUUGUUUUUGCUAUCUUCCUUGCGCUUUAUGCUGGACAUAAGAUCUGGUACCGGACGCCCUGGUUGACCAAGGUGUCAGAGGUUGACAUCUUUACGGGCAAGGAUGAGAUUGACCGUUUGUGCGAGAAUGAUAUGGAGCGACAGCCCCGGAACUGGUUGGAGCGAGUCUGGUGGUGGAUUUUUUAG